AUGGCGCCGAGGGCUGUGCGGGCCAGAGGCCAGCGGGCAAGCAGCCAGGCGGUCUCCUCGUUGGUCGACUCCCUGCCACCCAGCAUCCUGGUGCAGGUCUUGACUCACCUGUCGCAGACGCACCGCGUGCACGCCGCGGAGGUGUGCCGCUCCUGGCGGGAGGCCACGCUGUCGCCCUCUCUGUGGACCAGCGUCAAGUUCAUCCUUCCGUCCGACGAUGACGAGGGCACAGCGGAGGCAUUCCUGUCCUGGCUGCUGCCGCGGGCUUCAGCAGUGGACUCGCUCACAGUCGACAUCCAGGAAGCCACGGCCCCCACCAGCGACUUUGUGGUGGGCGUGAUGUCCAACCUGACGGCGGCGAUGAUGGCGGUGCGGUCCAGCCUGCGCCACCUGACGCUGGAGACGCCCGGGUGCCUGGUGGUGGGCCAGUGGGCGGCUGCGCUGCAGGGCCUCGUCACCGCCUGCUUCAUCGGCGGCGACGUGCACGUGAAGCAGGGGCUGGGCAAGCUGGCGCGGCUGCGGGAGCUGGAGUUUGGGAGCAACAACCAGGAGCUGGAGGUGGAGGCGCCCGCCUGCCUGCCCCCCGGCAUCACCCACCUGUCCCUGGAGCACUGCUGCCUGGCAACCGUCCCCGACUGCAUCACGCGUCUGUCCAAGCUGCGCUCCCUGGACCUCUCGCAGAACACGUUUGUGGACGAUGAGGGCAUAGAGACGUCGGCGCUCUCGGCGCUGACCGGCCUUGAGUGCCUGAAGCUGGCCAACUGCCGCCUGGUGACGGGCCUGCCCAGCUCGCGGGCUCUGGGAGGCUCUGGGAGGCUGCGUGUGGCGGCAGCCCCGGCCUCUCCCGCCGGCCUGCCGGCCUGCCGCGUGCCCACGGAGCUCUCCUCGCUGCGCCGCCUGCGCAUCCUGCACAUGGGGGGCAAUCUGGAGCGGGAGGACGCGGAGGAGGAGGACGGGGAGAUGUUGGAGGCCGCGCUGCGCACGCUGCGCAACCUGAAGGUGCUGGUCAUCAGCCAGUGCAACGUGCUGCUGCCGGACGCGGUGCGCCGCAUGGGCAAGCUAGAGCGGCUGUUUGUUACCAGCACGCCCGUGGUCUCGCUGUCGUCGGGCCCCUACUGCAAGUCUCUGCGCCACCUGUGCGUGGACUGGGAUGUGGCCUUUGAGUCUGCGGCCAUGCUGGAGCACUGCGCGGUCAUGGAGAUGCUGACGCUGGCGCGGCCGCUGCGCAGCGACGUGCCAGACGGGCAGGUGGAGGAGCGGACGCAGGAGCUGACGGCGGUGCUGCUGCGCCACCCCUCCCUCAAGCAAGUCAACAUCGUAGCGGUGGAGGGGCGCGGCCUGCACUUCUCCAUCAGCACCAUGCGCUUCGUGCUGGCGCUGCAGGCGUCCCUGGCGCCCAGCCUGCGCCUGGAGCUGAUAGACUCCUGGGACUCGGACCUGGUGCGCAUCCCAAACCUUCUAGACUUCACAGAAUAG